AUGGCGGUGGCAAAGCCUUCUUCAUCGAGUACCCUGUUGUUGUGGGUCGGAGGGACGUGCCUGGUUGCCGUGGCAGUCUCUGCUGUGGCACUUUGGCAAUCAUCCAGCACAAGCACGUCUCGGCGGCCAAGACACUAUGACGAUGAUGAUUAUGACGACGAGGAAGAUGAUAAUGAAGAUGCCAUGACGAAAUGGCUGCGAGAAAAGGAGGUUAGACCAAAAAUAAUUGAAGAUGAUAAUGGAGGAGAGAUGCCUCCGCACAUGAGACGAGACAUUUACAAGGAGAAACGUCGACAAGAAAAGAUUCCACUGCUCGCCAUGAAAAAGCCCAUGUACGACAAUAUUCGCAUGCUGGAUCCUCAGGGCACUGUCCUCUGUACCAUUUCCAAAAAAAAGGCCAACUGGUAUGUCAAUAAAUCCUUGGCCGUGUGGAAAGAUGAGGAUGACAAAACGACCAUCCAGCUCUUGUUCGAACCGAGCCAUCGGUCGAAUCAAAGCGACGACAACAAGAAAGACGAACAAGAUGCCUUUUUCAACAAAUCCAUCAAACAAAACAUUUGCGUCGUUUGUGGACACGACCAGUAUCAUAUGCGACACUACAUUGUCCCCUAUGCCUGUCGCGCCUUGUUACCCAACAAGUACAAGAAACACAUGGCACACGACGUUGUCAUUCUCUGUCCCGACUGUCAUUUGGAAUGCAAAAAACAGGCCACCCAACGCCUCAAAUACCUCGAAAAGUGCUGUCGAAAAGAUCCCAACACGGCCACGCCACACACCACCGAUCGGCACCUGUACAAAGUCAAAAGUUGUGCACUCGCAUUGUUGCGAUGGCGCAGCAACUUGCCUCCCGAUACCAUUCAAGAAUACGAAACACUGCUGCAACAACAUUUCCAGUUGGCCGAUACAACUGUUGUAACGGAGGAACUCCUCCAACAAGCGAUACAAGUCGAAGAGAAAAUUCCCAAUCCACACUAUAUCCCGCCAUCCGAAGUCAUUGUCGAGGCAAUGUGCCAAACCGAUGAGGAUAUACAGGCAUUCGUCAAGGGGUGGCGAAAGCAUUUUGUGCGAACCAUGGCGCCAAGGUUUUUGCCCAAGGGAUGGAAUGUAGACAGUAAUGUGCAAUGCAUGAGCACGGAACGAAAGGAGGGGUAG